UGAAACUUUUGAGUUUCCCCUGUUCUUGGACAGUGGACUGUUCCGUUUAUCGUUCCCAGUUAAUUUAAUAAUGUUAAGAAGCAAAAUAAAACUAAUGUACUCGUGUAGUUUCUGGACUAUUAGUUAUUAAAGAUUAAUGCCCAAUGACUUCCAAAAAGUGAAAUUGUUUACUAAUCCCAAUAUAAUAAAUUUGUAUAUUUAUGUUGGUUAAUUACUAACAGCUUUGAUGUAAUGGGGUCACGAAUAAGGUGAGCAAUUACUAAUUAAUUCCAUUGAUGAUUGUGCUAUUGAUAUUGCAGUAAAAACUAUUUAAAGUUCUCUGGUAAAGAUUUAAAAUCAAACAAUGUUUUAUUAAUGUAAUAUAUAAAAAAGUAUAUAAAAGACCAUAACAUCAUGUAAACUAUGUUUUACACUGUUAGAGUUAAUAUUAACUUAAAAUAUAUUAUGUCAGGAAUGAUGUCACUCAUUUAUUUGAGUGUUUUUGUGAAGUAGCUGGCCCCAGUAAAGAAAAUACCACACCUUGGAUUUUACAAAAGUUUCCAGAACAUUAUAAACAAGAUGAAGUGCUUAGUACUGUAUCUAAUUUUGCAUAUCCUUGUGAUUUUGACAGGUAAGUAUUUGUUUUGUUAUUCAUUAAAUAGUUGUAUUAAUUUUUUAUUAAUUUGUUUUCUUUCAGAACCAUGACACAGUAUUAUUCAUUUGUAUUAACUAAUAUUGAAUCAAAAUGGACUUUCGGUUUUUGUAGACACGAUUCUAAAUCAGAAACUGCUUUAGUUGUUCUCAGUUAUCUUCCUUGGCAUGAAUCUUUUUAUAAGUAAAAACAUUUAUAAUAUUCAUUAAAAUUAUUAUUAUUUUUAAUCAUUUAAUAAAUGCUAUUUCUAUUUCAGUUUAUUAAAUCGCAUUUCGAAUCUCACCAAUAGUAAUAAAUCUAAAGAUCUUUGGUCAUUUUUAGAUUCUGUAUACAAUAGUAAGCUACCAUUCAAGGGAUGUGAUUUAAAAAUAAAUAACGAUAAUGGAGAUGAGGUAUUUAAUUUAUUCAGAAAAUAUUUUUUGUUACAAUAUUUGGUAGAAUUUUAAAAUCAAACAUAGGCUAUUAUUUUAAUUUAAAUUAUAGUUAUUUGUUUGUCAGUCUCCAAUUCAAUUCAAGUUACCAAGUAUUCCUGAAAAUGUGAGUAAUUAGAUUUUUUAAAAUUAAAAUUGUAGUUGUAUUAUAUUUCAACUGAUUUAUUUUACCUGAUUUUUAUUUUUUAAUUCAAUGCAAAAAUAAAAUAAAGCAUUAUGGUAUAUAUACAUACAUGCUUAUUAUUAUCUUUUGGAUUUUGAAUUGUUUUAGAGAAAUUUGACUGAAUACUAUAGUGCAGUUGAUAGUCAAAAUAUGAUUAUUAUUUUUGCAUCCAUGUUAUUUGAACGUCGUAUUAUUUUUACUUCAAAAAAAUUAGACAGAUUAAGUGCCUGUGUUCAAGCUGCCAAUGCAAUUCUAUAUCCAAUGAAUUGGCAGCAUAUAUUUAUCCCAGUCUUGCCUCAAUCACUUAUUGAUUAUUUAUUAGCACCAAUGCCUUAUCUGAUUGGUUUACCUCACACCUUAUUCCAAGUAAUUAUUCAGUAUAUAUAUAUAAAUAUUUUUUUUUGUAAUUAAUUAUAAAUUACAUUUUUUUGUUUAGAAUUUGCAACGCAAUGACUUAGGAGAAGUUGUUAUAUUAGAUGCAGAUAACAAUACUAUUGAAACACCAUUUGAUGAUUUAAAAAAUCUUCCUACUAAUGUUGUAAGUAACAUCCUUGCAUAAAAUGUAAUUCAUUAACAAUAAAUAUAUGUAUUAAUUGAAAUUAUAAUAUUGUAGAAUGUAAACUUAUUGGAAUCAUAUUUAGAUUUUUAGUUUUUUAUAUAAUUGUUAUACAAAAAAAAUAUUUAACUUUUAUAUUAUUCUUUUAUUUAUUUAAUUAAAUUAUUUUAAAGAAGCCUAAUACAAAAAUAAGAUUUUUUAAAAAUUUUUAAAAGAACGUUUAAUUCUAAGAAUAAUAGUAUAGGUUUGACGUUACUACUCAUUUUAUUCAAUGAGUUAUAAGAAUUGAAAAAAAAUGUGUAACAUCAUUGGGCAAGGAUCACAGAAAUUGCCACAGAAAACUUAUACAUGUAAAUGUUGCUUGCUUCACAAAAUAAUUUACCAACCUUUAAAAUAAAUGUUAUAAUUUUUAUUGUAAAUAUGUGGUGUGUUUUUAUAUAUUGAAAAAGUUAGUGGAAAAAUAAUUUUUCUGAAGUAUUAAGUUUUUUGAAAAAUUUAUAAUCAUACACAAGUAAUUUUUGUUACACAUGCCUCUGUAACUGCAGCAGUAUGACAUAGCACUAUCGGUUUUUGUUCAACAAGUAUUCAAUUAUUAUUAUUCAUUUAUAGUUGAUAUUUAUAAACAUUAUAUUGAAAUUUUUGAUACUCGGUCCUCUAGCACAAAAAAUCACAUUGAGGCCCUUAGUUUUCUAGUUUUCUUAAUAGUUGAAUGUAAUAAUGGUUUCAGUUUCUAAUUAUUUUUUUUGCAUCUCGGUUAAAAAUAAUCUUGGAGACUUGAAAUCCUUAAUAACUCAAAACACUUGAUAUCCUUUGAUAUCCUUUAUUAUUGAUUGAUAGGUUCUCUUGGCUUAAGUACUUUAUUUAUUUAAAUUGUAUUUCUUAAACUAUUGACAAUUGAUAGAUGUAGUCAUAAAUAUUAGAUUUUGAGUUAAUACUUUUAUAAAAAUGAAAUUAUUUAUUACAGGUCAAAUAAAAUUGUAUAUUCAACUUUUUAUUUAAAAUUAGGUGUCAAAUUUAAAACAACAACUACGUACUGAAGGUACACUCUUGGGUGAUGGUGUUUCAAGAGCAUUUUUACAUGCUUUGGUUCAGUUAAUUGGUGGCUACAGAGAUGCAUUGAAAUUUCAUCAAGGAGAACGUAUAUCAUUUAAUAAAGAUGCGUUUAUAAAGUCUAGAUCUGCUAACAUGCAACCAUUUUUAAAAAAAAUGUUGGAGUUACAGAUUUUUCAACAGGUAUAUUUACUGAAAAUAUCUUAGGCUUUCUGUUGAUAUUCACCAAGGCAUUUUCAAAAACUAUUUUAUUAAUAUUAUUUAUUUAUUCUUGUUAAUAGUGUAUUUUAAAUAAUUUUAACAGUAACAAUAUUUGUUUUACAAACUAUAUAAUUUUGUAGUGUGCUUUAUUAUUUGAAUGUCUAUGGUAAAUUAUAAUUUUAAAAUUUAUUUUCUUGUAUCUAGUUUAUAGAAGAACGAUUGGAGAUGUUAAACAAUGGACUAGGUUUUUCUGAUGAAUUUGAAAUAGGGGUGUGCAAUUAUCACGAGAAAUCCAGUAAUAAAUUAAAGCAGCAGUAUAGAGAAUGGACUUUCACUGUAAAACGUGAAGGAACUGCAUUCUUUAAAUCUGUCAAGAAUGUGGUGAGUAGUUAAUUAUAAGAAUUAUUUAUGAUACUUGGGAAAAUGUUAAAUACAUUUAUUGAAAAGUAAAUUAAUCAUUUGAAUAAUAAUAAUGAACAUUUCAAUAAAAAAUAUUGACAUACUUUGUAUUAUUUAAUUUGCUUUUUCUUUAAAAAAAAUAUCUUACUAUAAAAUAUCUUUUGCCUCUUCCAUAUAAUAUUAAGUACAAAACUAUUAUUUAAUUUUGUUUAUAUGUAACAUUUAUAUACAUACUAUAUAAUAAAAACAUAUGUAUGUGAAGUCGUUGUUUGUAAAAAAAAAAAAUUAUAAACAAACAAAAAAUUGUUUUGAUAGUUUAUACUACACAAAUAUAAUAAACAUUUUGUUAGAUAAUUAUUAUUAGUUAUAUUUUCAAUAUUUUAAAUGUACAAUUUUAGAAAUCAUCUGAAUAUUAUAACACAAUGUGAAAUACGUCAACAUAAACUUGGUUUUUUUAAUAAAAGAAAUUAUAAAAAACUAGUUGGAUAACAAAGAACUUAUAAUAUUACCGGAUGGUUUUUCAAAUUGAAAUUGGUUUUAAAUAUACGAUCAAUUUUAUAACAUAACAGGCUAAUUUUUAAAAUAUUUUUGUGUAUUAACCUCUAAAACAUUUUUUGUUAUUAUAAAUUUAAAACAAUCUUAAGUAUAAUAAUUUUAACUAAAGUUCCUAUUUAUUUUCCUAGUAUACAAUUUAGAGUGUAGUAUACAUAAUCAUUAUUAUUAAUUUUUUUUUCUAUUCAAAUGAUUUUUAGGCCAAUCCUGCAGUAAAAAAUGCUGUAAAAACAGUAAGUCUAACGAAAUGAGUAAAAUAAAAAAAAUGUUUAAUUAAUAUAAUUUGUAGGUUAAAGAACGAGGAAGAGAUGUGCGAUUGGUUUAUAAAGGCAUUCAAUCAAAACUUAAUGUUCAAAAUAAAAAUCCGCGAACCAAAAUUAGUACACAGCCUAAUUCUGCGCCUAACUCACCUUCUACUCAAAGGAGAUCAUUAAGGCCACAUACAACUGCUUUUACAACAGCAUCCGCUAGUUACCGUAAAGAAACUUCUCAUGGUAUACAAAGGUUAACUACUACACAAAAGUGAGUGAACAUUUUAGGUAUUCUGAUAUCAAAUUUCAAGGUUUUAAAUAGGUAUAUAUAUUUUUUUUUAGUUUACUAAUAGAUACUUCUAGUUUCCAGCCACCUCAACUCGAUAUGGAUAUAAUGGACGACCUAAAAGAUGUUAUAUAUAGAAAAUUACCAAGAAGUAAUACACCUAGUUCUCUAUCGGUAUGUUAAACAAAAUAUUAUUACUAUUUGAUGUUUCAUUUUAACUAAGAAUUCAUUUUUCAUGUAGAACAUUGAAAUAGUUAGUAAUGAACCUGAAUCGCAAGAUUCAAGUAGUUGGUACUAUAUCACAGAUGAUGAUGACAUUUUACAUCGAUCUUCCGAGUCAGUACCAACAGAGUGUCCAAUGGAAACUAAAGAUCUUAUUCAAUUAGGUUCUACAUCAAGUAUAGACGAUUUUGAUCCUUUAAAAAGUUCUGUUAACAAUAAUGGCUUGACACCUGGAGUAGGUCUUACUAACCCGUUGUAUCAAUUCUGUACUCCUUUUAAUUCUCCCUUAAAUAAAACACAAUCAGAAACCAAAAAUAAUAAUGAUCUUCUCCAGGAGUACGGUUUAAUUUUUAAUUUAAGUUUAUCUGAAGACCCUGGACCAUCUGUGUCAUCAAAUCAACAUCCUGCUCCACCAUUACCACCAAAACCAAUUAAUUUCAAGUCAAAUUGGACUCAAUUUGAAUGAAACACUACAAGUUUAGAGUAUAUAUUAGAGUUUUAUAUUUGUGAUAAUAUAUUUUAUUUUGAAAUCAUUAUUUUUAAUACAGUGGUUACCACUAAUAAUAUAUUAUUGUACACAAUUCAGAAUUUUCGUUGUUAUAAUUUUUUUUUUUUGAAAAUAAUUGUUAUAUACUUAUUCUUAUAUCAUUGUUAACACCAAAUAAAAAAAAAAAUGGACCAUAAUUUUGUGUCUGAUUUCUAUUGUUUAAUGCUCACCAAUUUAGUCAUAUAUAAAAAUAUAUUAAUAUGUUGUAUAUGGUAAUAUAUUUGUAUGUUACAAUAAUUAUUGUUCUAUAUUAUUUAUUAAUUUGAAUUGCUAAUAGACACUAUAGUACUAUAAUAGUAUAACUACUAUAAAUGACAAUACACGACACUCACAGUCUCAUCACGAGACAAAUCUCGUCUUACAAAAAUCAAGUGAUAGCCUAUAAGAUACAGCACUUUAUAGGUAUUUGAAUUGCCUAUACUAUACCACUUGAUAGAGACAAAUAUAACAUGUUCGAAUCUAAGAAAAAAAUGAGUUAUAUUAUUAGUUAUCCUAUGAAUACAUUAUUUAAAAAAUAUAUUAUUAAUAUAUACUAAUUAUUCACACAAUAUAGGAUAGGCAAA